AUGUCUGGAAGACUUGUUCUAAAGGAAUUGAAAGUUGGGUUAAACCUGAACAGUAACAAGUAUCCAGUGACCCCGAAAACCCGACCAGUUUCGCUAUCUUCGACAACAGAGCUCGAUUCUAAUAGCCUUGCGAGCGUGAGAGAUCUGGGAGUGGAAAACAACUUUUUUGGAAAGGCUAACAAGAAACUUGCGAAGUAUCGGAAAAAGCAAGAUGCGCUGCUGAACGCGCGUUCCAAGCUUCGAGGUACAGUUAGUAUUGCACAAGUGUACCAGAACACGUUCCGGGUAUUUUCAGCGCAAAGUAAAGUUUAUCAUUGCGACUUUUUCCGGCUUUUAUACUUUCCACCAGACCAUAUUCUAUCGGUGUUUCGCAAGAGUAAGCCUGCGGUCAAUGUUAGAAUUGUGGGCGAGGUUUUCCUGAACGGGAAUGUGUCUCGGGGCGAAAACGGGCGCAGUGUGGCGAACACUGCUGUUUUUGAGCGAGGUUCGCGGAUCGACAAAUAUGGUAAGAGCUUAGAUGUGAGCAACCUGAAACGGCUGCAGUCGAUUUUCGCUCACGACGGCUCCAACGUGCCCCGUAACUACGCAUACUUACGACGCUCUUUGCGCACUUUCCUACAUGGAUGCUUUAUCGAGAACUGGACUAAUCUCAAGGGCGCUCAGGCAGUGGAAGAACAGAUAACACGCGAGGCGCAAAGCUCCGAGGCGAACGCCAGUGCAGAUUGGAAAUUCCUGGAUAGCGACGGUCGCAGCAACUGCGGAGUGGCCAAGGACGGUUUCUAUCUAUUUCAGGUUCUGGUUUUCCCCGACAACUUCACGAAGCACGAGUUUGAGACGAACGUGGCGCAAAGCGUCCAGGCUGUGGCCGAUCUGCAAUGGGACAAAUUUCUGCGUGGGAAGCCCAACAUCAAGAAAACGUGGGUCGAGCAGGCCAAUGAUCGGGUUCGUGUGCCCGUUAUGAAUACGUAUCUGGCCCACGGCCAGGUUCCCAGAACGCUCAAAAGGCUGACAUAA